AUGGGCAGUGAGUCGGACCUAGCGCCGCUUCUAGACACGCCGCCGCCGGCCUACGAGUCCGUCGACCAAAGCUUCGAAGUAACCUUCCCAAAUGUGGUGCCCCGGCGCAUCCCGGUCAUCGAGUGCAAAGUCUGCCACGACACGAUCGACUGCACUGGCAAACUGCACCAGCACGUGAUGCGCUGCAACACUUGCAACGAGGCGACGCCGCUAAAACAGGCGCCGCCUGGCAAAAAGUACAUCCGUUGCAACUGCAACUGCCUGCUAGUUUGCACGGAGAGCGCGGCGCAAGUGGUUUGUCCCAGAUGCCGAAGACACAUUUCCCUUCGCAGAGCUGUCAUGCCCACCGCUCCCAGAUCCGCCCUGUUGCGCUGUCCCCAGUGCCGAACGGAGUUCAUGGCUCCUUACCCUCUUCAGGGGAUUAUGCACUGCCCUUCCUGCGACGAGAAGCUGCAUUUGAACAAGAAAGACCAUGCCCAGAAGAUAUUCAUCGCUUUCUGGCUGUUCCUGGCCUUUCUCACUGCCGGAAUAAUUUGCAUGAUCUGCGCCUUCGCCAUCAAGGGCAAAGACAUCGGCAUGGACGACCCGAUCGCCUGGGUGAUGUUUAUUUUCUACUCGGUGGCGAUCAUCACCAUGCUCGCCGGCCUUGUGAUUGCGGCGAGGACGAAAGUCGCCAAGGUCGUCGAAUUCAUGCACAACGACUGA